AUGAAACUGAACCACCAUUUACUUGGAAGUCAAAUUGAGAUGGCUAUCAGAAAAUUACGUUAUCACAAAGCUGCUGGUUUGGAUGACAUUGUGGCCGAAAUGAUAAAAGCAACUGCAGAAAAGGAGGUUGAUUUUUGUUUCAAGAUAUGGACUACUGGAAUAUCGCCAAAUGAAUGGUGUGCAUCCAUAUACAUACUAAUUCCCAGUUCAUUAGAAGGGUGA